AAGGGCUAAAACUAAUGUUAAAUUUUGCAAGGGCAUGCAAAGGUUAACUUACCCUUGUAAAUAAUUAAUGAAAUUAACCUUUAAGUAUUGUGUGCCAUCACUUUAUCUUUAGUUACAAACUACUGAUACCCUAACAUAUGUUACCAUGGUAAUUAUGUGUAAAUUAUGAAAUAUAGAAAUUUACUAGAAUUAGAAUGAAAUGCAAGGUAGACAGGCCCUACCCUUGAAGAUGUGCAAGUUUUGAGCAAUUUACAAAAAACGUUUUUAACAUAAUCAUUGAAUGAUUGGAAUGUAUUUUGAAGGGUUGUGCUACAGUAACUGAACCAACCAAUUCAGAAUAUCUUUUCUCAGUACUAUAUUUGACUGGAAAUUAUCUGCACAGAAUGCAUAAUUAGCAAAAAGGAUUUUACCUGAAUUGACUCAUUAUAAAGCAUAUUUAAAACAUGGACUCGUGUACCAAUGCAGAAAAUUCUAAUUAGUGCCAAGACUGAUUGUAGAAAAUAAUAUAAGCUCAGGAUGUACAAUCAGCCCUUCAGAUUUAUAUUGCAUAUAUUUUUACAGUCGAAUACAUAACUGUACUAUAUGCUAUAUUAUAAAACAGAAAAUUCUACAGUGCAUAGUAAUACACACAGAUAGUAAACCACCUUGAAUGACUUACAGACCUUUCAAGUGGAGUAACGAUGUGAGACGAGACGAGGAAAUAUAUGCAGGAGUUUUACAGCACAGAUCUAAUGAACAUAAAAACUGAGUUAAAAAUCAAUAUCUGUACUCUACUGAUGAAUCAUAGAAAAUCUGUGAAUGAUAAUUAAAUCGCGAAACAGAAAUAUCUAGUUCAUUACUACUAGGAGAAAAAAUAUAGAACGCAUACAGUACAGGCGUUCUUUUUGGAUGUGCACAGAGCUACGGAAAGCUAAUUGUAUAAUCGAUGCAAAAAUAGUUGGCUUAUGUUGAUGAAGAGGCUUUAGAGUGACUAUAUGGUAUUGCUCCAUGAUUCAGCUGCAUAAUUUAGCUGCACAAUUCAGCUGCAUAAUUUCUGACUAAAUUAAAGAGUUGGAAGAUAUGAUUCAAGGUAUCAAUACAACUGAGCACAGGAUAUUAUACAAUAACAAAAAUACAUAAAUAAUGUAAAAAAAACAAAAAAAUAUUUGAUACUCUGGUACAUUUACAAUCAUCGAACAGUAUAUAGCACUUGGAUUGACCUUGACCGUUAGACCCUAUUGUCUACUAGCUAGUACAUUAGGUAGAAGAAACUCCCUUUUAAGUGGGAAAAUUGUUAGAAAGGGCAUGAUGCUCUGAAUGAUUGCAUGAUACUUCAAAAUAUACUGGAAACAAACCACAUGCUUUAAUUAUCGAUCAAUUAAACGUGACUAAUUCAAUCGAUUGCAAUCGACAGUAUUGAUUGGAAAUUGGGAUUAAAGCAAUUUGAUUAACAUAUGUAUUAAUUCUGUACCAACUUCUCAUUGGAUAUAAUUAGUGAACUACAAUACUGUAAUACAAGCUGUACCCAUUCAACUGAUAUUUUCAACCUACUACUGCACAGUACAGAUACACAGAGCAUUACACUUUGUGUGGGAAUUGUACAGUUGCGUGUUAAUGCAAAAUUUAUUUUUGGCUAUUGGCACAAACUGGGAAAAUCAUAGUUAGUUAAAUUACAUACAGCUCAACUACUGCAUGUAAAUAGUGCUAUGCAAUGAAUUUUAAAUAACAUACUACAAUGACGAUGACUUUUACAAAAAUACUUUCUGAAAAAUACAGGUUAACUAAUGAUGAUUGUAGGAAGUUUCACUUAAAGGGGCUGUCCUCAGAAGGACAUUAAGUGAGUUAUCUUGUAUCGUAAAAUAGCUGUGAAGGAUUGCAUUGACAUUACAAGUUCUAAUAAGGACAUUAAGUGAGUUAUCUUGUAUAGUAAAAUAGCUGUGAAGGAUUGCAUUGGCAUGACAAGUUCUCAUGAGGACAUUGGCAUAUAAGGCCAUAGUUGAUGUAUUGACUAUUAAACACAUUAAAAAACUUGAACUAAAUAUAAAUUCGCCACAAAAGUGUAAAAACACAGUUUUAGAUUUACAUUUAUGUAAAAACAAAGUUUUAGAUUUAUAUUUCUGUAAAAACAAAGUUUUAGAUUUACAUUUUAGUAACUGACCUCGAACACUUCAAGGAUUAUGAUGCUGUAACAAGAAAUUAACCAAUCUACAUAAUAUUGCUUUUGUAAUUAGGCUACUAGGUGAAAUGGAUAUCUCAAAAUCACUGGUUGAUAUAAACUCUCAAUUACAUUCCGCAUUGUACUUCAAAAAUGCUGAAAAACUUGUCGAACUGCUAAAUAACGGAGCUGAUCCAAACUAUGUACAUGAAGAUGUCGCAAUUUUUUUACACGCUGUAUUCUGCGCAUACCACUUUGUGAGUUUAGCUGAUUACGAAUGUGUUAAAAUACUGUUGAACUUUGGAGCCGAUCCGAAUGUGAUUAAUCCUGGGGGAAUGACACCACUCAAGGCUGCGAUUGCAUUGAAUGAUCCUAAUAUGGUCGAAAUUCUGCUUCAAAACGGGGCAAAUGUUUCGCAUCCUAAAACCAGUAUAUCUGAAUUCCUAGCUAAGUUACCUGCAUGGAGUGAAUUGCAUUAUGGGAAAGUUGUUAUUUUGUGGGAUUCGGACAAUACGUAUAAUGAGAAUGACUUUUUUAAAUCACCCAUUCAUAUCGCCAUAGAUAACAGAGUGCGUCACUUCAAGGAAACUGAUGUCAAUGCAAAAUAUGGUGAAAUGUACCUCAAGGACAAUGCUAAAAUUGUUGAAAUUCUUGCUCGACAUGGUGCUAAACUAGCAGUGAAUGGAAGUACCCACAAUUCUGAUUUGAAAUAUGCUGGGAUUGGUUUAACCUCCUGUGCUUAUGUUCAAUUGACCGCUGCAGCUUCAUCAAGCAAUCCUAUUGGUGAAGAACUUGAAUCAAUCGACAGAUCAGCCACCGCUUUAUUUGAACGUGACAUCGAAUUCUACAUCCAGUUAUUACGUAUUGGAGUGAUACCAUAUCCUUAUAAAGGAAUACUUAAACUUUAUGUGCAGUACAAAACUGGAAAACUCACAAAGACUUUAUCGGAUAUUACCUUAAAAAUUCUAGAAAGUCUAGUUCCACCCUAUGUAACCCUCAUAGAGAAAAACUAUCAGUUGAUAUCAAAGGCUGAGAAAAUAAAGUUUGAAUUAAUUAACCAGACUGUUCCAUCAUUAGGGAAUAUCGCAAGAAUGAAUAUACGAAGAUGUUUAAUCGAGACUGAAAGAAAAGUAAAUAUAAUGAACCUUGAGGAACGUAUUAAGGAAUUAGAGGUUCCCAAUGAACUGAAAUACUACCUGUGGUAUUACGAUCUAUUGGCUUUUCUUGAAUGAUCAGUACAUUAAUGUGUGACCAGGCGUCUGGGGUCCCUAGCUAAAAAUUCUUUCAAAAUCAUGUAGUUGUCACCAUUUUGAGCACCUCGAGUGAUUUUGGGCCAGAAUUGUCAAAUUUGAACCACCUUGAAUUUCUAAAAAAAAACUGAACCCCUGCUUGUCUUAUUGUAAACUCAUAAGACUGUCUAUCUGUUUUGUUUGGUCUCAGGUAGAACCUCUUCUAAUAUCAGACUAGCAUAUGGGCUCAGAGUAAGGGCUGUUGAUCCAUUCUCACUGGUCAGUAUCUAAUGAAAGUAACAGCCGAAACAUUCGCAUCGAAGAUGGCGGAAGGUAAUAGUUGACGUAUGCUUUGAUAUUUGAACCAGAUCAGGCUGUAACCUUAGCUUGGUACUGACCAGUGAUUCUCAAAUAUCAGUAUAC